AUGCCAAGAAAGUUAACAAAAUUUAAUACAGAUUGGCUCCAUCGACUUGAUUCCAACAACGAUUCGGUAAACAUAUGGUUGAAACAGGGCUCCACACCUACAACUUUCAAGUGCAGUUUAUGUCAAACAGGUGAUCUAUGCUGUGGUAAUCAAGGUUGGAGAGCAAUAGAACAACAUAUGAAUAUUAAUAGACAUAAAGAAAUAUUACGUCAAUGGAAACAGAAUGCCAAAUUUCGUUUAACAAAUCAAACACGAUCAGAUUCACCAGAUUCAUCUACAUUCACCUUUACUAGUAUUCCAGUAUUAGAUACAAAUACAAACAAAAAUAAACCUUUAACAUUAGAUGAUCAAGUAACAAAAGCUGAAAUUCUGUGGUCGUUAAAAGUUGCUGAAAAAGGUCUAAGUUAUAAAUUAUGUGAUGAAUUAAAUGAAUUGUUUUCAUCAAUGUUUCCUGAUUCUUCAAUUGUCGGAAACUUUAGUAUUCAAGCUGAUAAAAUGUCUUAUGUUAUAUCACACGGAUUGGGUCCUUAUUUCAAGAAAAAAUUAAUCGACGAUGUUAAAAAAGUUGAUAAAUUUAUAUUGGUCUAA